AUGGCGUCGGACCCCCAGCGCGUCAAGCUCCUCUGCAGCUUUGGCGGCAAGAUCUCUCCGCGAUUCGGCCGCGAUCGCGACCUCUACGCUAAGCUUAGCCAGGUCCUCAACGGCCCUAUCUCUUCCGUCAAGUACCAGCUCCCUGGCGAGGAUCUCGAUGCCCUAAUCUCGAUCUCGUCGCAGGAGGAUCUCGAUAACAUGAUGGAGGAGUUCGAUCGGAUCAGCGAGAUGGCGACCGAUGGAUCCGCGAGGAUGCGGGUCUUUCUGUCGUCGGCGGCGGAUGAGAGCGAGAUGGUGGAUACGGGACAGAGUUAUAUCGAUGCCGUGAACGGGAUCGGGCUUAAGAGGAAGGAUAGCUUGGUGAGUGCUAGCUCGAGCGAAGGUAUGUCGCCUUCGAUCUCGUCCCCUACUUAUGGUUCGACUAGUCAAGAUCUGUCAAGGCUAGGAUUUGGCAGGGAGGAAGCCCUGGUUUAUGACAGAGCAGAGCCGCAGCAGGUUCAGUUUUUUAACCCGAGUUAUAAUGUUGUUAAUUUUCCGGGUGGUCAGCAUUAUGGUCAUCCUGUUUGUGUUAAUGCCGCUUCGAUGGUUUCGAUUGGGGGUAAUCUUAACGCGGUGCAGGGUAAAAUGGAACCUUUGAUAGUUGUCGGAGAUCGAAUGGGUGUCGUUGAGGGGAAUUUGAGGCCUAAUCAGGGUAAAGUGGAGGCUUUUGUGGAGGAGAACUUGUAUAGAUUUGAUCAGGGUAGUAAUAAUGGUAAUAGUAGCAGUAGCAGUAACCAUAACAAUAGUAAGGGUUUCUAUCAUCAACCUUUGAGCCAGUUGCCGCCAUUGCACCCUACGCAUAUUCAGCAACCCCCCAAUAUGUAUGCUCCCCCAUUGCGCCAGUAUCCGCAUCAGAUGUUGAGAUUGAAUGACUGUCAAAUGUGUCAGAAGGCAUUGCCACAUGCACAUUCUGAUACUCUAAUAAAUGAUCAUGUGAAUGGAAGUGGGAAUGGGUCUGGAAGCAGUGGCAUUCAUGAUGCUAGGCCGGUGCUCCAGAGCCAUCACUCUGAGGACCCAACAAGGCUGCUGGCUUCACUCAGGCCAGAAAACACAGUGGAGCACAGAGUUGAGACAGGCACUGUUGCAGCUAGUCAGUUUUAUCGUCAUCAUGAGAAUGAGAGGAUAAUUCACCCAAACAUGGAGGCUCUAGAUCAUGCAAAGGGGUUGCACCCAACAGGGAUUGUUGGAGGGGCUGACCCAAAUAGGCUGCAAGCUCCUCCCAGGGUUGUUAAUGGCUCUGGGGCAGACAGUGAUCCUAAGACUGAGACACCACAGACAGGGAGGCAGUUUGCAGCCAUUGGGUGCGCACAGGAGGGCUUGCAUCCCCAUGAGCAAGAGAGGUUAUUGCAUCCGAAUGCAGAAGCUCCUGAUUCUGCUAAGGUUUCACACCCACAUAAUGCAGGUAGUGGAGCCUUGGCAGACAGUACGGUGGAAUCCAAGGUUGAGAACAUGCCUACUUCGUCUCAAUUUGUGGCCUAUGGAUUCACCCAAAUUCCCAAGAUACCACAGCCGCAUGAUCAUGAGAGAUUGCUAGUUAAUCCAAAUGCGCCAGCUGUGAUUGGAUUGCCUGUCGGCACACACGCAUCAUAUGUGUGGGCUACAGAUCCUUCAUAUUCCCAUUUUACCGAUCCUUUUCAGUCAAUGUCACAGAAUGUGGCACCACCUCCUAAUCUGUCUAAGCAAGAUGAUGGAACUAAACAAAAUGCUAGCAUACUCAAGAAUGGGAAUAUAAAUGCAGCAGAACCUCCAAGCAGAGUUUCUCUCCCAGAAAUUUCACACGACAAUGUUAGACCUAUAAAUGGGAUGAUGGAGAGUCUCCAUGUGAGUACAUUUGAACCUUCACCAAUCACAGAACAUUCCAGAGCAACAGCCACAGUUAAUCGUUGUGUCCCACUGUUGAAGCCUGAGAACUCCACAUCGAUGGCAGAGAACAAUCAUACGUUCAAACCACAAGUUGGAGGUAAUGCCGUGUUUCUUGGUAAUUCUUACAUCAUGUCUGGGAUUUGUCCCGAUGGGAACUCUUCUGGACCAAAAAACCAGCUCCAAACUCCCUCCAUAGAUUUAAAGCCUGCACAUCCCCCAGUGACUGCAGAUAACACUCAAGCGUUCAGAUCACAAGCUGGAGGUAAUGCAGUAUAUCUUGGGAAUUCAUUUAUUGCUGCUGGAAUUGUUCCAGAGGGAAGCUCUAUUAGACCAAUCAGUCAAAUGCCACCUUCCUCAUUUGGUUUUACCCACUUGCGGCCUCUGCAGCCUUCUGAGACCAGCCAGGCACGGCUUGUGAUGACUAAUCACGGACCAUUGUUUUCUUAUAAUCAGGAAAUUAGGGGUCGACCAGAAGUUCUGAAUGAACAGUUACAUUUGAUGCCAUCGUACUCUUGUAGCAUUACUCCUGCCUAUAACAAUAUCAAUGUCAUUAACACGGUGGGCAUUGGACACCAGAACAGUGAGGGUUCCUUGUUCCAGCCUAAUAAUGUGCCCAACAACGUAGCUUCCCCUCCAAAUGGUACCGCUUCCUGUCAGUAUUCAACUUCUGGUGGCAGUAAUGGGCAUGCAGAACAGUCUCAAGGACCAAUUCCCUCAGGCUCAUUAUUCUGCAACCAGGAUCCUCAAAAAAUAGUGGGGAACAUGGAGGUGGUGCCCCCAAGAAUUAACAAAGUGCCUAGCAAAGAGUUCGUUGCCCCCAAGGAUGCUUGCACAGAAAGUCAUUUGGUCAAUAGCAAAGGUUCGGAUGAAGCUGUGCUUGCAGAGGAAGGUGGGUUUCACCACCUACAGAAUCCCACAAACAAGGACUUGCGCAUGGAGCCUGUCCAAUUCGUGCAGGGAGAGGAUCAUAAUAAACAAGAAGUGCAAGGAUUAGCAGAUCAAGUAAUUGCUUCAGUAAUUCAGCCCUCUCUUCAUUCUGCACCUCUCAUCUUCCCUCCUGAAAGAAUGGAAUCUGAUCUUCUACCCAAUGGAGAAACUGGAUUUGUUGAGACCAAUUCACUCAUACAGUGCGUAACAGCAGUACCUGAUCCAAAAACUGAGGUCGUCAUGAGCAAACAGGCAGAUAAGAUGAACUUCGGUUUCCCAUUCACAGAUGACAUGGGUCACCUCCAGAUAAUAAAGAACGGAGAUCUUGAAGAACUGCGAGAAUUGGGUUCUGGAACAUUUGGUACAGUGUAUCAUGGGAAAUGGAGGGGUUCUGAUGUUGCAAUAAAAAGGAUUAAUGAAAGAUGUUUUGCUGGGAAACCAUCAGAAGAAGAACGCAUGAGGGCUGAUUUCUGGAAUGAGGCUUGUAAGCUUGCUGAUCUGCACCAUCCAAAUGUUGUGGCCUUUUAUGGUGUUGUUCUAGAUGGACCUGGUGGUUCUUUUGCAACAGUGACUGAGUUCAUGGUCAACGGUUCACUUCGACGUGCUUUGCAGAAAAAUGACAAGUCACUUGAUAAACGAAAACGCCUUCUAAUUGCAAUGGAUGUGGCAUUUGGGAUGGAGUAUUUGCAUGGUAGAAAUAUUAUACACUUUGACUUGAAAAGUGACAAUUUGCUUGUCAACUUGAGAGAUCCUCAACGUCCAAUAUGCAAGGUUGCUGAUCUUGGCCUUUCCAAAGUAAAGUGCCAAACUCUAAUUUCUGGCGGUGUGCGAGGAACACUUCCCUGGAUGGCUCCAGAGCUUCUAGAUGGUGGCAGUACUCUAGUAUCAGACAAGGUUGAUGUAUUCUCUUUUGGCAUUGUGAUGUGGGAGCUUCUCACUGGAGAGGAACCUUAUGCUGACUUGCACUAUGGAGCCAUAAUAGGUGGGAUUGUGAGCAAUACCCUUCGGCCUCCAGUUCCUGAAUCUUGUGAUCCCGAGUGGAGAUCCUUGAUGGAGCAAUGCUGGUCAGCUGAGCCAGCUGAGAGGCCCAACUUCACGGAGAUUGCUAGCAGGUUGCGUUCUAUAGCAGCAUCUCUUCCUCAAAACUGAUAAAAAAAAACCCAAAGCAUCACCCACCCAAUUUUGCAAGUACAGAUGGAAAAAUGAUUAUAACUACUUAUUAUUAGGGUGCUCUUGACCUUUCCUGUGCCUUCUAGAACUAAGAUUCUGGUGGUGACCCUUCAUAGAAGAAUGUAAAGAGUGAAUCAUCACUUGUGAAUAUAAUUCGUUGAACGUUGUUUAAUUUUUUGUCUAGGGAGUGUCCUUGUUUGUUAAAGACGCUUAUCAGUGGUUCUUUUAUUUGUUUGAUUCAAUUGAACUUCAAAUAUUGCGAGCCUGUUUGUUCGUUAUACUCGUUAUUGUAGUAAUAUUAAGAGUUAUGGUCGACUGUAAGCAGACGUCUUUUCUUUUUGUUGUUGCUGUUGGAAUGGAAUGCAAUUGCACGGAAUUCAA